AUGCUUGCAAUAGGAUACGGACAAUCUGUUGGUCUUCCCGAUUCUCUGAUCGGUGGAUUCAGAUCUUUUGGCUCACUUUGUGGAAUUCUUGGAGCCAUUUUCUAUGCUUACUUUGAUCAACUGAUGGGCGUUCGAAAAACGGGAGUGUUUGGUUUAACGUUUCAACAAAUUUUCCUCCUUCUGGCCAUCUCCUCAAUUUUUAUGCCUGGAUCGCCGACAGAUUUGCGGGGAUAUUUCGACUCAUUGAUUGCUGAUAAAUCAUGGUCCGACUUUAAGGACUCUUUCGCUCCAGUGUCAACGAUAGCGCCAGAGAACUCGACUGACACUGGUUCGUUUGUGUUUGUC